GUUUCAUACUCUCAUGUACAAUGCUUUCGCCAUUUUUUUAUUAAUUUCUGCAACUUUUCUACUUCAUUUUAUCAUUGUUUAAUGGUUUUAGUACUUCUCUGUUGUGUUUCGUAAUCUGUAGUGCUAUUUUUUUAUGGUUUUGGGAACUGUUCAUCAACUAGUUAGUGGAACUUUGAUUUCUGUACUGAGAUUAUAAAAUAGUUCUGUUUGUCUCGUUGUUGUUACUUUGCCUCCUUUUUUUUUUUGUUUUUGUAUGCUUAUGUGAGAUGGUUUUGAUCUUGUUUUGUUAUUUAUAUGUAAUUUUUUUUUCUUUAAUCUGUUCUUCUUAUUUUUCGUUUUUGGUGAAGUAUCGGAUUCUUAUCUGCUCGUUUUGUUUUGAUUUAAUCAUCUCAUUUACAGUUCUUCUCGUCGUUUGCUUUCUAUUCUUGUUAUGGCUAUAUAAUAUAAUGCUGCCGAUAUGAUGAUGAGGGCUUGAAGCUUUGUUUAUUUUAUAAUUUCACCGUUCAUGAUUCUUCUGUGAUAGCAAGCGUCUUCUGAGGUCGCUUUUCUAUUCCUCUUCCCUGCCCUUUUCUUUUGCUGCUAUUUUGUGAGCUGCAAUGUUGAUGUAUAUAUGUUCUGAUUUUUGUUUUGUUUGGUUUUUUCCCCUUUGAAUUUUUCUCCUUUGUUACUGUACAAAAUAUUGCUGGGGCUGUUUAUCUUUUUCUCUCUGUAGUCUAGGGUAACAUCACUUGAACCUUACUCAUUCUCGUGUUACUAUUUUUUGGACUGCAUAUGUGGGUUCGAUAUGCCUCUUACUCUUUUAUGGCUAGCCAUGUUGUUUUUGGCGAGAAAUAGUUUUUAGGUUUUGGAUGUUAAGAGGGACCUGUGUGGUUAACUUUGAAUUGACUCUUUGUUAAGAUUCAUCAUGGUGAGAUGGUUGGUUACCAGUGUUGAUGCUUUAGGUUUUAAGCAAUUUGGAUGUUGAAUGCUUGUUGGGAUAUUCUUGGUUUAUUCAACAUGCUUAUUGUAUUUUCCUGUUGCCAAACUCUUUUAACUACGUCGAGUGAUUUUGUAUAGUUUUACUGUCUAGCUUGAUCUGACAGAGUUGAACUUGUAAACAUGAUAUGCCUUUCUUUUAGUUUGACGUGGUGUAUUAGUUUAGGGCUUUGUAGUCCACGAUAUUUUUCUGAAUUGGUGUCAGCAAGUGGAAGGAAUCAUUAAAUGGAUGUGGUUUUGAUGAUGCAAUGAUGUGGUGGAACUCUCUACGUCAUAGCCAUUCUUGAUGCUAGCUCAAUUUAGUAACCUAAUCUCUUCAGCAGACUGAUAUACUAGCUGCUUGAAAAAUUGAUAUUCAAUUUUUUUUCCUAAUUAACAAGUGAUUCAGACCUUCAUUGCUUCACAAAUCUUUUCAGGAGUAGCGCUCGCAUUCUCUCUAUAGUAAUUAAUCAUAGCAGCCUCUCUGCCUUGGGUUUCCUUAUCCACCAACUGAUGUUGAAUAUAGAUUCAAGAAAUUUAUUGCAGUUUCAGUCUGGAUUUUCCAAGGCUCAGUUUUAUUCAUUCCAUAGAAAGGAGGCCUCCUUCUUUUGGUACACCUCAAAGUUGACAGAGAUUCAGUUAUGCAGCUUUUCAGUUUUGGUGGCUACUGGAGAAUAAAUUCUGUGACAUAUGCGGAGUAAGUGGCUACAGAGAAUCACUUGCAGCUUGCUUUCGGUGCAAACGAGCAUGCGAACAUAUCUACUGUAUGAGAACAAACCUCAAAUGUGUUCCAGAAAUUUGGUAUUGUGAAGCAUGCAGACUACAGAAAAAGAGUAAUUCAGAAGCCAGAAGGGAUCCAGCGAAAAUAAGCUCUCCUUGGCAGAAGUCUAUAGCACCUGUUCUCAGAAAUAGUCAUUUGAAAGGAGUUGAAACUGGAAAAGUAAAGUGUAUUUCUCCUGAAGAGGCAAUUAUGUUGACAUCUGGGACCAAAAGAAAAGCAGUGAUUUGUUCAACUUCACAGUCUGGUCCAACAGAUAGCAUGACUUCUACGUACAGGAGGAGGAAUCCCCCUGUGUCAACAUCUCAUCUUUCAAAGUGUUUUGUGCAGAAGCAGAAUGCAAAUCCAAAGAAAAUAGCUGUUCGAACCCAACCACCACAUGGUGAUAGAAUUCCAGAUGACAAGCCAAGCCUGGGAGAGAAGUUGAAGCUGUCUAAAGUAGAGGGUGGAGCCUCUGAUGUUGAUCAGAAAUCCCAAAUAAAAUUGCACAAACCUGUGCAUUUGGAUGGUGGGGCUUCUCUUAUGGAGGAGGAUCGUGAAAAUCUUCCUGCUCUAGAUUGUACAUGGAAGGGGAGCUUCGAGAUCCUCGAUAUGUAUUCCUGUAGCCAUUUUUAUGAUGGAUUUCAGGCUCAUCCUCCUGGAAAAGUCUCUCGUAAAGCUUAUGAGUUUUCAAAGAAAAUGUCUGGAAUUCUGCAGUUUAAGUUGGAAAAUAAUUCUGAUGUAUGGGCCAAGGUCUUUGAUUCCUAUUCACCAGCUGGGAGUGAUAUUGCUCUCUACUUUUUCCCUGGGGAUUUCGAGAGGUCAGUUAAAGUGUAUGAAGACCUUUACUCAUACUUAGAAAAGCAUGAUUUUGCAAUGCGGAGUUGCUUGGAAGGAGUAGAGUUAUUGAUAUUUACAUCUAAACAACUGCCUCUGGAUUCAAGAAUAAAUAUGGAGUUAUACCUGUGGGGAGUUUUCCACCAUGUGAAAGGUAACAAUGUUCUGCACCCUGCAGAUGUACCAUCAUCUUCCUCUCAGUUGCUGCCAGCAGAUCUACACAGGUGCGAUGCUCGCCCUGUCAAGUAUGAACAUAAGGAUAAUCUUGCCGUUGUCGACACGGACAUUGACAUGGUUGGUACGAAGGAUGUUGGGAGAGUAGAUGUUGUCAGGCAAGUUGUUAGAGAGGCUAGGCAAUGGGGAUCUUUUGGAACUCCACAGGGUUUACCACAGCUGAAAAGUGGAAAUCACCAGUUUCUUGAUGCUCCUCCUGGAUUUUCUAGACCAGUUAUUAGAGAGGCUAGCUGUGAGAGAUCUUUUUCGAAUUCACUCAAGAAAGUGGAUAGCGUAGACUUGGACUUGAUUUCUACAACACAGCCUCAGAAGAAAGCUCAGAAGAAUGUACAAGCACCACCGAAACAUUGUCAGGUAUUCAAUCCAAGCUGCACGAUGGAUUCAACGACUACUGAAUUUACACGUUCCUCGGAGAAGCAGAAGAGGCCUGAACAAUCUGAGAGCCCUGUUCUCCCUAUAAACCAAGAAGACUACCAUCAGAGACACAGGGAUGGAGGAAAAACCAGAAGCCCAUCCCAUAAAUCUCGAGUUUGGGAUGAUUCAGAAAUGAAAGCUAUGGGAAAGGGUGUGAAAAUUCAAAGUCUGGAUGAGAUACACAAGGCAGCGAAGACAGCUUCAUUUACAUCCCAGGAACUAACAAAGAGCCCAGGUGGUGAUUCUGGAUUUAGGAACCAAUGUCGUCCACUCAUCCCCAUGGACGUGAAGAAAGAAGAUGAGACUCAGGAACGUGAAACAUAUGAACUGGGGAUCAAACUUGGAUGGUACAGCAGCAGAAAGUCAGCGACCAACCUUUACCCCAGCAGAUCUCCUCCCUCAGAGCAGCAGCAGAGGCCUGACCAAACUGAGAACUUUGUUCUCACCCCAAGCUCAUCCCAUAAAUCUCGAGUUUGUGAUAACUCAACGAUCGGAAAGGGGGUGAAAAUUCGAAGCCAGGAAGAGACAGAGAUGGCAGCCCCCGGUGGUGGCUUUAGAUUCAAGGACGUGAAGAAAGAAAAAGAAGAAGAGGCGGUGGCUCGGGAGCAUCAAACGAAUGAAUUGGGGAUCAAACUUGGAUGGUUUGGCAAAAAAAGCCAGUGAAGAACGAGUAGGACGCCAGCAGAUCCAAGACCUCCAUGGCCACCUAAGAAGCCUAUCAAGAGAUUCAAGACCAUAAGGCUUGAAGGAGACGGGUGUGUCGAGCAAAUUUACUAUGUACAGUUAAAAAAAGAUAGAUUUUUGUUUUCCGAUUCAAGUCACCUGUGAAUAUGUGAAGAAGAAGAAAGAGGAGAGAACCUGUGGUAUACUUGUUAUAAGGAUAUAAAUAUAUGGGUUUUUUUUUUGUUGUUCA